AUGAACGGAACACCUCGCCUGCGGUCUGCGUACCCAUCUACUCCAAAAAGUGCCCACCGAACUCCUGACACGCCAGAUUCCACUCAAGAUGCUCCCAGAGUACGAUCGCCCUUACCGAAUCUCCCAACGGCCACGCCGACAGCUGCAGCUCCUACAUCGAGCAGUAUGCCGGUAAUUCCAGUCAAUCUCAUCGAUGCCCCGACUCAGCGGAUGUGUACAUUGGCCAUCUACGGAAUCCUUCUCGCCUGGCGCAUCUACGAUUGGUUGACGCUCAUGCAGGAAGAGACAUCUUCCCUUGGCUAUUUUGUCAAGUGGUUCGUUUUGGAUGGCAUUUUCUUAUAUGGCAUACCUCUUAUGCGCAUACCAUGGCUAGAAUGGUCGGAAACAACGUCGUCGCUGGCCUGGGCACUGCAUACUGGUAUGGAUGCCAUGCUGAUGUUCCGUGUCCCCCUCCCGAUUGAAGGAUGGCUCAUGGCCAUGGCCAAAACCUUCUUCGACAGUGAGAUCUCCGUUUCGGAGCACAGUGUUCGGGCUAGCAACAUCUUACACAACUCGUCUCUGAUUAUGGGCAAGCAGAUUAUCAAUGUUUUGCCGGAAGGGACUGUUACUAUGAACCCAGAGCAACUCUCCUUCUGCAUUGACAGCACCAACCCCGUGGCCAACAUACCACUGUAUUUCAACCAGACCAAACCGAAGUCUGUCGAGUUGAUGAGGAUCGACUUCGACACAAACCUGAACGAAACUAUUGUGCUGUCGCAUAAAGAAAUAAAUAAUGCCCGAAAGACCAACAUCGACUCGCUCUUAAGCAUGAACUACCUCGCCAAGAAACCCGGCCUUUACAGGCUGCAGAAGGUCAUGGACAAGACUAAACUGGAAGUACAGCGCAGAAUGUCCGAUACACUUGUUGUGACCUGCCCCAAGGCUGUCGUCAAAUCGAUGGGCGGAGAUCGAUGCCUCGGCGAUCUCUCUGACUUGACCAUGGAAAUUGAAGGCACUCCACCACUUAAGAUCGUCUAUAGUCGCACUGUGAAUAGCGACCAGAGUGUGCACCACUUCCAAAGCAUACAGCCAGAGAACUUUGCGUCUCCUCUCCUUGGAUAUGCAGGCGAAGGGACAUUGGUCAGAGCUGGCUCUCGGGAUGUUUCAUGGGCACGUUCUCAUCGUAUCACAGUACCGUUGAAUGAGUCAAUGAUGCCAAGCGGUCUAUGGCUUUACUCAGUUGAUGAGAUCCACGACGCUACGGGAAAUGUGGCGAACUUUUCCUCAGAGUUGGAUGACAUCGACCAUGUCUAUCCCAAAGGUGCACAUCUUGAGCAAUCGUUUACGGUUCACGAAAGACCCUUCGCCAAGCUGACGACCUGCGAUUCUCGAAAUCCGUUGAGGGUGGCCAAUGGAUUGACCGCGCAGCUGCCAGUCGGAUACUCAACUCCGGGGCGGACUCCUGAUGACACCUCGCACACCGUCACAUGGAAAUUUUCACCCCUGGAUUCAUUGACCAAGAGUGGAGACCAUGGCGAUGAAGUUGUGUUAGAAGAAUUCUUCGCUAAAGCAGCCCACAACACACCAACUAUCCGCCAACCUGGACUCUACACCUUGACAGGAGUAAGGAGCAAGUUUUGCCAGGGGGAGAUUAGAGAGCCGGCGUCAUGUCUACUAGUGAAUCCACCCGAGCCUAGAUUGUCUCUUAGUGCCGAGAAUAUCAACGACAAAUGUGCCGGAAACUCGAUCGGCUUGCUGGUGGAUCUCGAUCUCAUUGGCUCACCACCUUUCGUUGUGAAGUACGACAUUGUAACGAAGAGUGGAAAACAAACUGAGACGAUCACGAUCGAUGCUUUGCGAUACCAACUGGAGCUUAGGCCAAGAGAGGCUGGCCAUUUCAAGUACUUAUUCACGUCCAUCGACGACUCGGUAUACAAGGGCCACAAUUUGGGCGGUACUGACAUGGUACUUCAGCAGGAUGUGAAACCCCCUGCUUCGGCUCAUCUCCGACGCCCAUCGGGCCCAAUUGACGCAUGUAUCGAGGAACCUGUCGAGAUGAAUGUGGAAUUAUCUGGGGAGAAGCCUUUCACCUUAGAGUAUGAAAUUGUCCAUGAGGGAAAGAGGAAAAAGAUUAGAGAGACAAACAUCGAAACAGACAUCUUCAACAUCAAGACCGAUCCCAUAUCACAAGGUGGAGACUAUCUCCUAGCGCUUACAAGUGUUCAAGAUAAGACUGGCUGUAAGAUUUUCUUGAAUAGCGAGGUCAAGUUUACGGUGAGACGGCAGAGGCCGAGGAUCUCAUUUGGACAUCUGGAGGGCAAACACAAGACUGUCGAGAUUGAAGGCAGGCAGAUCGCAUUACCUCUGCGUCUUACUGGUCGACCACCUUGGUCAAUUAAAUAUCGCAAUCUUGAUGACCCGUCCGGAAAGGUUUUCGAACACACCGCAAGACUUACCAAUGAUGUGGUUAAAGUGAGCCAACAGGGCACGUACGAGAUUUUGGAGGUAUCCGAUGAUCAGUGCCCUGGAACUGUGGAACCUGCAGCAUCUCAGUUCCAGGUUGCAUGGUUCCCACGACCACAAAUCAAGAUGGCAGAUUCUGCUGUCCUCAUCCCAGAUGGCAACAGAUAUGUGAAGCGUGAGGUCUGUGAGGGUGACAUUGACGCAGUAGAGGUCAACCUCAUCGGAUCAGCCCCAUACAACGUCAAGUACCAGGUCCGACACAAGCCAAUGCAAGGUUCGGGUUCCAUUAUCAACAAGGAAUUCGAGGCUGCCCUUGGACUUGCGACUAUUUCCAUGGACACAAGCAAAGCAGGAAGCUACGAGUACAGAUUCUCAGAACUGUCUGACGCUCUAUAUGAUCACGAGACGAAGAAAUAUACGCCUGUGAUCCUUGAGCAGAAGGUCAAUCGCAAGCCUUCAGCUCACUUCCUUAAGCCAGGCCAGUCGUACAAAUAUUGCAAAGAGGAACUGGAUGGCAAUGAGGUCAUUCCAAUUGAGCUGGAAGGUGUCCCCCCAUUCAGCUUAGAAGUUGAUGUCAAGCACCAAGGGAGCUCUCGACCAGAGACCGUCAAGAUACCAAAUGUAGAGUCGAGGCAGUAUGAUUUCAAAAUUCCUCAUAACGUACUGUCCCUCGGUAUCCACCAAGUCAGUGUACGGAAAGUUCGCGAUGCACAUGGCUGCCAGCAGAAAACCGAAUAUGGAGCACCGCAUGUGCAGGUUCAGGUCUAUGACGUCCCAGUCAUUCAUUCCUUGGACCAACGCACAGACUACUGUGUCGGAGAUCGAAUCUCAUACACUUUGUCCGGGACUGCACCUUUCGACAUUUGGCACACUUUUGAGGGCAAAUCGAGAACCGCCAAAUCUCAGAGUACAACAUUCCGGCGUAUCGCCGAGGCACCUGGUAAUUUCACUAUCACUGCUGUGAAAGAUAGAGCGAGCGACUGUAAGGCUACCACCAAGAUCGAGAAGAUAAUUCACCCAAUGCCAAGUGUCAAAAUCAGCAAAGGAAGACAGAUUGAGGUGGACAUCCAUGAGGGUGGAGAGGCAGAGAUUCUGUUCGAAUUCUGGGGUACUCCACCUUUUGAAUUCACGUACACAAGAAGUACCAAUGCUCGUAAAGGGCAGCGGUCCCAGAUUCUAGAGACCAGGCACGAGGUUUCUGAGGAGCAUAGCAUGUCCAUCCGAGCCUCACAAGAGGGCACAUACGAGGUGGUAGCUAUCAAGGACAAGUUCUGCUCGUUCUCCACCCAACGAGCCGAGGUGGGAAGCAAGCAGAAACUUCUACAAUUCUAA